CAGCUUCAGGUCGUCGCAAACGCCUUGUCAGCGCACGACACGCGUAACAUAUUAUUGUGUUGUACAUUUUCGUGUUCCGAGUGGCGGCGUGUGCCGGUCAUUUUGUCACGGAGACCAUGAUCGGCCAACUGCGACUGGUGGCGUUCGGCGUGUGCGUGGCAGCGUGCGCCGGCGAGCUGAACGUGGUGUACGAAUGGGGUAGCAACAUCAACCUAUGGACGGGCCGCCGCGAACACGACGAGAGAAACGCGACCGCGGCGAUGGAGGACUAUGUGCCCGGCAAUAACCUAGUGCACAGGAUGAGGAUCUGGGACGGCGCGAUGUACGUGGCCGUGCCCCGGUUCAAGAGGGGCGUACCGGCCACGCUGUGCAAGAGCCACCGUGAGCCGGACGGCGGCACCACGUUGAAGCCGUUCCCGACGAUCAGGAUGCAGGAUGUGGGCGACUGUUUCGGUGUGCAGAACGCCAAGGACAUCGAGAUCGACCACCUGGGCCAGUUAUGGACGCUGGACGCGGGCGAGGUGUACGACCUGCAGCGGACCGCGGACGCGCCGGACUACACGUGCGACCCUAAACUAUUGGUGGUGAACAUCAGCAGCGGCGCGGUGCUGCGAUCCGCUGUGGUGCCGAGCUCCAUGCACACGGCCGGCCGGACCGUGCUCAGCGGCCUCUCGGUGGACCUAAAGACGCUGACAGCUGUCGUAGCCGACGUGAGCGCCGACAACCCCGGGUUCCUGGUGUACGGACUACGGUCCGGCGUGUACCGCAAGUUCCGGUGCAAGCGGCUGCGGCCCGCGGACGCUGCGGCCAACGGUUACAACGAGGCGCUGUUGGCCAUCUCGCCCAUCGAUAACAUGCUGUACUUCACCACCGUGGAGCUGGACAACGUGUUCGCCAUACCACUGAGCGUGUUCGACGUGCCGGCCACGCGACUGCUGGCCGACACCUACGACGUGAGCCAUUACGCCAACGACCUGGGCCCAAAGGCGGACACCGUGACCGCGAUGAUAUUGGACAGCGUGGGCCGCCUGUACAUGGGCAUGCCGCGCGCCAUCGUGUCAUGGGACACGUUGCGCGGUGGGUUCGACGUCAAGCAGCUGUACGCGCAGGAUGACCGACUCCAGUGGAUAUCCAGCUUCGCGUUUGACCCUGACGGUUACCUGUGGAUCGUGUCGUCCGCGUUCCGCGACUUCGUCGACAUUGGUUCCGACGGCCACGGGCCCGCCGACAUGAAGAUAUUCAAAAGCCAUUGUGGUGCAACCGCGUUCGCCCUUCUCACGGCCGCCGGGUCCACGGGCCGGUCACCCGACGCAGUCAGUUCCGUGAAAACCGUCACCGCCGCCGCGCCUUUACUGCACUACGUCUUCGCUACGCUUGCGAUCCAAAUCACUUUCGCUCGCCGCACCGUCGCAAACGACCGAUGAACCGAUUGCAAACCAUAAUCUAUUGUACGAUAUUAAAUUAAUAUUACCCGAUUUUUGCAUGUGUGCGAUCGUUUCAUGUAAUAUUUCUGAGAUUCGUAGUUUCAACGGAACAUUGGACGUCUGCGAUGAAUCGUUACAAAGAACAGUGAAUAUUCCUGUAUAGGAUUACCCGCCAUUUUUAUUUAAUAAAAAAAAAAAAAAAAUAACGCAUGUUUGAUAUUUAAAAUAUUACUGUAGAUGACUAUUGUUUGUAACAGGCAAAAUUUUCAGCGUUUUGUUAAGUAGAAUUUGUUUUUUUCAGGGUGAAUACGAUGAUAAUAAAUGUUAGAUAUUUAUGCUGAACAAUAUUUGAUUUUCAUUUCUCGCGAUGUUUCGAUAACGAUGUGUUUAAUCUGAUGUUUGUAUCGUAGAGAAUAAUUUGUAACUAUUUCUAUUUUCGAACAAUGUUUUUAUUAGAUUUUUUAAAAAUAAUUGAAUUUUAAAACAUGUAAAUAGGUACGGUUAGAGAAUCGGAGCUCAAACUACCAAAUUAAAAUUAAGUUGCGUUAGAAAUAUCAAUUGUGGAUGACAAUUUACCUACAACAUUUUGGUCGUUUCUAUUUUGUAUUUAAAAAAGUAUAUAAUUUUUGUUACCUUAUAAUUAUUGUCUUAUAAAUAGCUAUAGAUUUACAAUGGUUCACCAAUUAUUGUAAACAUUACGAUUUUUAAAUUAAAGGGAA